AUGUCGUCCCUCACGAAUGUCAUUAGCCAAAUCAGUAACCUUGUUUACCCAUCAGAUGAGAUAAAUCGUCCCCUCGAGUGGUCCAAAGGGGAACUCUCAGAGCAUCUCCAGAAAUGCCCAACAUCCCGUUCAACACUUGACUGGCACGGCUCGGUCACAGCACAGCUUUCUGGAGGCAGUUACAGCCCUGUCUUGGGACGAUUGCGUAACGACGUAUUCACUUCUCUCAUUCAAGCAACCAAGCAUUUAGAAAAGCUCCGGCUGUAUAACGCUGGAGAUACCUUCAUUCACGAAGAAUUUCGGACAGAUCGUCACAUCGUGAUAUCUUCUCUGCAAUACAUCACAGCUGCUUUCAAACUUUUCUCCGUUGUCAGAACGGAUAAGAGCCUUGAAACCCCGCAGAACAGAGAAGUGGUGCUGAAAUAUCUCAAGAAGACUUACGCCUUCAUGAUUGCUAUCAGCUGGUUACUUUAUCCUUCUGGCAGCACGAAUAGCUGGCUGACCGAAGAGGCAAAUUACUUGCUAGAGACAAAGCUUCGGGACUUCCAUUUCGAUCGCUGGAGUGAUUACCCGAAGGCGCUCGACCCAACCCUCAGUGGAGUAAUCGAUGGUUUCCGAGCAGUUCCUGAGACUUGCCUACCCAAGUACCCGCAAGCGCCAGUACUGUGCCGGAAUCCUGAGAGGUAUGGGAGCACAAUCCUGAGGAAUCUCUGGACGCCCAAUAAUUUCCCUCAAACACAGGCAGGAUCUGGUCCCGAUAGCUCUUUCGGCCCGGAUGAAGUGCCGGACAUGCCCUCAUGGUGCACCAUACCUGGUCCCGAUAGCUCUUUCGGCUUAGACGAAGUGCCGGACAUGCCCUCAUGGAGCACCAUUCCUGGUCCCGAUAGCUCUUUCGGCUUAUACGAAGUGCCGGACAUGUCCUCAUGGAGCACCACUCAACUUGGGUGGACGCCACCUUACGAAUAG